AUGGACCAGGAAACCCUGGGGAGCAUUGUCCUGCUUGCCAUCGUCACCUUGAUAAGCGUUGUCCAGAACGGUUUUUUUGCUAGCAAAGUGGAGCAUGAAAGCAAACACUGCAACGGCAAGGGCUUCCAGCGGCCGGGAUCCUCUGCCUUCGACCGUGUCUACAUUGCCAACCAGAACUGCGGACACGCGUACCCUACGUUUCUGGCUGUGCUUUGGUGUGCUGGCCUUCUCUGCAGCCAAG